CCCUGAGAUGACAGAAUUAAGAUUUGUAGUUGCUUUAUCAAGAGAACAAAACUAAUUAUUGAACGAAGGAUGAAUCUUUCUAUAAUCUUUCCACAUGUUUGUUGGGAAAAAGAGGAAAGACAAGCAGAAAAGCUGCAGUUGUAGUUAUGAUGACAAAUCAUGACAAGGCAUCGGUCGUCCCCUGCAUCGUCCAUUUCCCAAGUUCCUCUGAGAGCCAAACUCCUCGAGGUCACAUGUUCGAACGCGACUGAACACUUGAAGGUUUAAAACUGCGCUUGUAGUAGCCUGUGUGUUGGUAAAACGUCGUUUAUUUUACAAUGUCAGGACCAAAGGCAGUUUGCGUUUUAUUGUCCAACAACAGCACAGCGAAAGGCGUAAUCCAUUUUGAGCAGGUUGUACAAGUGCUGGACCCCAUUUUAAUCCAAGAAACAAAACUCAUGGAGGGCCUGAUGAUGAAACACGUCAUCAUGGUGAUCUUGGUAACAUCACAGCAGGACCUGAUGGUGUAGCCAAAAUUGAUAUAAGGGACAAGCUCGUUUCAGUGGUUGGAGUAGAUUCUGUUGUUGGACGUACUAUUGUGGUACAUGCAAAACAAGAUGACUUGGGGAAAGGUGGUAAUGAUGAAAGUCUGAAAACUGGAAACGCUGGUGCACGUCUUGCCUGUGGUGUUAUUGGCCUUACUAAGUAAACAGUACUCCUUAAACAAAUUCAGCAGGAGUUUGACGACUGGAAAGCUUGUUGCUUUGAAAGAUGGAAGUGCUUUCGAACUAGAAUCUAUGUAUUAACUAAAAUCAGACACACAAGUGUCAAUAAAUUUAAACUUCAAUUUUCAA